UCCAGUGCCCAUGUCUGAGACUAGUGAUCACUGAUCAUCAUCAGAUAUCAUAUCCACCACAAACAAAAAGUUGUCGGUAAGAAAGAAAAGGGAUUUUACUUUUUGAAAAACCAUGCAGCUCGUGGUUGGAAUAACUAAUAAGAGGCCACUUGUGGUGACCUAAUUGGAAGAUAUAGCAUGAUCAGCUGAAGAGAGAGAGCGCGCGAUCGAGUCUUCUUCCAUAAAACAAAAGAAAGAAGAAGAAAAAGAGAGAUUAAGAAAGGAUGGUGAGGGCUCCUUGUUGUGAGAAGAUGGGACUAAAGAAAGGAUCAUGGACUCCUGAAGAAGAUCAGAUACUGAUUUCUUACAUCCACCGAUAUGGACAUGAAAAUUGGCGGGCGCUUCCUAAACAUGCAGGUUUACUAAGGUGUGGAAAGAGUUGCAGGCUUCGUUGGACGAAUUACUUGCGGCCCGACAUAAAACGAGGAAACUUCAGCGGGGAGGAAGAAGAGACCAUUACGAAGUUACAUCGAGUUCUUGGAAACAGAUGGUCCGCCAUUGCAGCAAGAUUACCAGGACGAACCGACAACGAAAUAAAGAACUUCUGGAACAGCCACUUGAAGAAGAAACUCAAACAAAACCCGAGUACCACACCAGCCACCAUAAAACAGUCUGUUAAUGGAACACCUUGUCCACUAAAAACGGACAUCCAAAAUUAUGGUUAUGGAGAAAUUUUUUCCCAGCAGCGUCAGAAAUUGUCGGCAAAUGAUUACAGUUUCUUGUCAAGAAAUAUUUCUGCAACAAGGAAGAAUGAACUUCUUGUAGAUCAUCAAGGAUUUCCCUCUCAAAGCACGAAGAUCAGUGAUGAAAUGGGUUUUUGGUACAACCUCUUCAUAGAAGCCGGGAAGUCCUCGCAACCUCCUUUAAACUUAGGGCAGUUUGGGUAGCCUUUUCUUAUAUAUCUCUUAAUAAUUUGCUUCCUUUUUCAUUUUGUUCUUCAUGAAAAGAGUGAUUUCUUGAUGUCCAAGUCUGACAGUUAGAAUGCAAUACUGGUUGAAUUAAUUGUCUAUUUUUCAAA